GUAAAUACAGAUUUACAAUACCAGCUCAAUUUUUCUAUUAAAACAAAUAAUCAUGUAGAAAAACAUGUCUAAUUAUGCUAUGAACGACCGACAUAUACUUGCUUCUCCCAACUGGUAUAAUAGUGCUAUUUCUGACAUCAGUGUCGACGGUAUAUUUGCAUUUGGUGGCAAGAAUACAGUAUUUUUGUUAGACGUGACAGGACCAAAUUGUUGUCGAUACUUUGGACAGUUAUGUGGUCACAAAGAUAGAGUGACCUCUGUACAAUUUUGUAAAACAUCUUCAUACUCACGAUGUUGUGUCAGUACUUCGGAAGAUAUGUCUGUUGUGGUUUGGGAUGUUGAUGCUAAGGAAUCGAUAUGCAAGCAUGACAAUCACCACGCCCGUGUUACAGCUUGUUCUUGGUCCCAAACAUCUGGUUUGAUUUAUUCAGGUGAUGAGAAGGGUCAUCUUCUGUGCUGGGAUCAUCAACAGAAUGAGGUAAAUGGACAUUUUCCUCUGACUGGUCAAAUAACAUGUAUCUCCUGUGCACCAGAUGAAGAAGGUGUGGUGGCUGUUGGUUAUAAGAAUGGUCAAAUUGUAGUUUUGUUGGUGCGGAAAGAUAAAAUGGAAGUCGUGAACCUUUUGAAAGGUCACAACGACGAGGUUCAUUGUCUAGUCUGGUCCCCAGUUCCCGCGGGGGAAUUACCACCACAGAUUUUCGGUGAAUCAAAACAGCAAGAAAGCGGUUUUGUCCUUGCAUCAGGAUCUCGUGACAAAACAAUCCGUUUGUGGGACGUGUCACUCGGCCAGUUUAUUGCUCUUGUUCAUGUUCCUAACAAGUCAUCGAAAGGAAAGGCAUCUCGUGAUGAUUAUCAUAUGAAAUCUCGCUUGUGGAAUACGCUUUGCUGGCCUCGCAGUGAUCCAAGUUGUUUGCUAUCCAGCGGCUUCAACGGGGAUAUUCUGACGUGGAAUCUGUCGAAAACCUCAAAACAAAAAUGGCAAUUGUUCAAUGAAGGCAAACAUAGCCGUAUUGUAUUCAGCAUUUGUCAUUGUGUUACAAAUGAUGUCAUUGUCAGCGUUUCGAUGGAUAGACAGAUACACAUUUGGAACAGAAAAGACGCGACAGUAAUUACCAGUCUCCCGUCGUGUGGAGGUUUUGUGUACAGUUUAGACGUGUCACUAUUGGAUCCAUCGCGUUUCGCCGUUGGAGUCGGCGAUAACAUGAUCCGUAUUUGGGAGACAAGUCGACCUUCUUAUAGCAUUACUAAUAUUUGGCGUGGAAUUGGAACCAAAGUCAUGAAGGUUCUUUGGCAUCCAGUAAAGGAAGGUUUAUUGGCAUUUGGUACGGAGGAGGGAAAAGUUGGAAUACAUAACGUUCUCUCGCAAACGUGUAACGUUUCAAGAACGUUCCAUAAGAAGUCGGUCUAUUCCUUAUCGUGGGGACCUCCGUCCGGCACCUCAGAUGGCGAAGAUGAUAAAAUUUGGCAUUUGUACAGCUGUGGUGGAGAAGGGACAAUUUAUGAACAUAAACCUGAUCAUCUUCAUGAUGAAGCUAAGAAUGUUGAUAAACUUAUCAAAACAACAAAUAAAAUCCAGCAUAAUCUUGAAGCACAUUCCGAAGUGUCUUGCAAACACGACAGAAGCCUGAUGGUAGUCGGUAACGAUGACGGAUCCAUAAAGUUUUAUCGUUUUCCGGACUUGAAGUUGUUAUCAACGGUCAACAUUCAUAACAAGAGCAUAACCUGCUUGGCAUGGUGUCAAACUCGUUAUCACGACGACCCCAGCGCGGUGUUCCUUGCUUCCGGAUCAAAUGGUUUUGAAGUCCAUAUUCAUGAUUUGAAACGUAUUACUGAUGAACUUGGUGAUGAACCGAAAGUUAUUACAUGCAGCUACCGCUGUUUGAUGGGACACUGUGGUCGUGUGACUGAUGUGGUAUGGAGUCCGCAUUCGUCUUUAAAACUCGCUUCCUCUUCGUACGAUGGAACAGUACAGGUAUGGGACGUCGAGAGAGCAGAACCAUUAUCUAAUUACAGAGGCCACAACGGACGCGUCAUGACAGUAGCUUGGAGUUUAAUGGAUCCAGAUAUAUUGUUCAGUGGUGGUGAAGAUUUCACGGUUCGUUCUUGGAAAAUAUCACAGCAAGUCUUCAAAGAACCGCCAGAAGUUCAAGCAAAGAAACAUUCCAAAUCAAAGAACAAGAAGAAAAAGAAUAAGACUGACAGUCAAAAGGCAAAUCCUGUUGUGUCAACGGCAUAUUCACUAGAGGAGAAGCAAUCUCUGGGGGAAGACAAGAUAGAACUUGAUGAAAAGGAGCCCGUUAAAAGCGAAGUGGAUGAGUUCGAUGCCCAACAUGCAGUAAAACCUGAGUGCGACAUUAAUCUUCUCGAAGGAAGAAGUUUGCAGCUUGAAAAUUUAGCACCAGAAGAAAAUGAAGGUAAUAAAGGCGAUGUUGGAGAAGAAAAACCGUUUGGUACGAAGGGAGCAUCUGCUGACACAAAGAAAAAGAAGAAAAGAGGAAAGUCCAUGUUUCCCUUAUCUGCCUCUGCUGACAAUAAACCCAGAAGUGUUACCUGUCAGGAAUGUGUCGAUAUCGCGGAAUUCUUAGCAAACGCGAAAGGUCACUCUGACACUAUGCACAUCUCUCGUGAAAAUGUUAAUCUCGGAUUUUUUGCUGGCCGAAAAUCUGCAUUUGAUAUGCUUUCCGAAGAAGGUAUUCAACAUGCAGAAAGUGGACACGUAGAUUACCAGCUGCAACUGGAAGUCUGGAAAGGAAAUAUUGGGAAAGCGCUUGAGCUUGCAGUUGAGAAAAGGCAGCUUUCUGAUUGGCUAGUUGCAAUCAGCCAUUUAGCUGGCGAACAGGCUCGUUUGGCUGUUACGGAAGCAUUUGCUGAGCAACUUGUGAGUCAAGGCAACUUCCAUAGAGCUGCUUUGUACUAUCUUUCGUGUCACAAAGUAUACGAGGCUAUCUACAUGUUUAAAACAGCAGGGAUGUACAGGGAAGCUAUUGCUUUAGCGAAAGUACGGCUUUUACCAUCAGAUCCAUUAUUACUUGAUCUUUAUUCAUCUUGGGGUAGAAAGCUGGAGAGUGAGCACACAUUAGAACAAGCUUCAAAAUGUUAUUUAGCAUGUGAUCUGCAUGAUGACGCCAUUCGUGUUCUAACGAGACGUGGUGAUGAAGUUGCUUUACAUAGCGCUGCACAGAUUGCUAAAAUGACCAAGAAGUUAGACCUAUCUCAAUCGUUAAUACUCCAGUGUGCAUUAAUGGCUACGAAAAAGGCGAAAUGGAAUGCUGCGUUGGGGAUGGUUCAUGAUUAUCCUGAUAUGCAGCCAUUCCUUAUGCUGAUGUUCGUACAUAAGACAAUUCUAACCAGUUUGAUGAAAUCUGGAGUUUUUACUAUCGAGGCUUUUCCAGAAAUUCAAGACACACCAUGCUGUGAUCACGAUGAGUCAUUAAAUCUCCCGGAAUCGGUAUUGAAAUUUAAAGCCCGAGUGGAAAGAAGAUCGGUGGAUUUCACGUCGCAUUGGAAAUCCACAACAUCCAGUGAUCCAUUUUCUGUGGGUACAAUUCUGGAGUGUUGGUGGUCAGAUUGCGGUCUUCAGUUACACGAAACACGGCUACCUGGCUUCUAUGUGCAGAUUUCAACACUUGGAAGCAAUCAGAAUUACUCAGAUAAAGAAGAUAUUGGAAAUGUGUUGAUGAUCAUCUCAAAAAACAUUUGCCUUGGCUUGGUUGCUGCGUUUCUCUCCAAACCUGAUGUUUGUAUGCAACAUUUUCUUAAUGUUAUCACUCACUGUCACCACUCUAGGCAGCCAAGGCUUCUUUGUCAUCUUGUUACGCUCCUGUUCCCUUUUGCACUUGAGUCGUGGCACAUGAUAAAAUGUUUGUCGGGUGCAGCCGCGGAGAAUAGAUCACGUGUGAUCGAUCAGUCGUUUUUCAAUGUGAUGGCUUUCUACUAUCGAGCCAUGUUGGCUGACAUUUUGAAUUGUCACGAGUCGCAACAAAACUGCUUUAGCAAAGAUUCAGUUGAAGAACCAUCGGCAAAUCAAACAAUGGAACCUAAAACCGGGCUCGUUGAUACAAACGGUGUUUAUUCCGGUAAGAAGCAGAAUCCCGAAAAUGUUGGGCAGUCGAGUGAAUGUUUUCUUGCGAGUUCUGGUGUUGGUACUAUGCCUAAAGUGGAUUUUGGUUCAAGUAAAAUUGAGGAUCCCGAAAAAGAAACAAUCGACUUGAAAACUCCUGAAAAUGUUGUGAUAAAGAACAUGUUCAAGGAGAUUUAUCAAAUUGCCUCGGCUUGUUCUACGGUUCUUUUGUCAGACAUUUACUCUCAAUUCCAAAAAAAUAACGAACAUUUUGAAACAAACCUCUUUGGAGAAGGUGAACACCUUGAACACGGUAGAGAAAAAACUGGAGUCGUAAAUUUUUUAUCGAAAUUGCCAUUUCCAAAUGUAAUUGAAAGCGCUGGUAUGUUGGUGCAUUUAUUGAAUUGUAUCAUUGUGUCGAAAGACGCGCCUAAAGACGACAAAGAAAUGGCAUUAGAACUUUCUGGGCAAGUCACCCAAUGGGCCGCCGCUAGGAGAUGUUAUAUAGAGCAAGGAGAGCUCUCAUAAAUUUCUGUAGCGGCAUUGCUAUUAAAGUUUUUUGGCGACGUUCGUCUGUUUGCAUGCGUGAAUUAUGAUAGUUUUCCAGCGCGAAGAAUUUCAUUUGCGUCAAGGAUGACGUCAGAAACAGGAAUAAACGAGAACAAUGUUAACGCAUCACGAAUCUUAUUUGGAAAACGUGAAAUGUUUCUAAAAAAUUUUUGUUUUUCUGCCAAGCAGAGAAACGUCCGCGUUGAACAAAACACAACGAAUCACAUUCCUGCAGCAUACUUCCUACUUUAUCCAGAGCCAUAUAUUUUGUUUAGUCAUUAGAAAUGGCUAGUGCUUUUGCUUUUAUGAGGCUAAAGAAACGAAUAUAGCCUCUAACAAUUUUAUGGUGAUUCCUUUUGUUUGUAAGUUGCACUCUUGUUUAAUUGUUAUUUAUAUGCUUUACCUCAACCGUCUACAUGUUUUUAAAACAUCCUUUAAAACAUAUCAUUCAUUUAUUUUCUUCACUUUAUUUUAUUCCCUAUUUUGUUUAGUAAUUGCUUUUUAUUUCAAUACAAUGCACUAAGUACUGUGACUACUAUAAAACGCGUGGAUUAAUCAA